AUGUUUUUAAUAUUUAAAAACAAAAAGAAACUAGAAAAAAAGGAAUCGAUUCUAAUUCGAUACCUCGUUGCAAAAACCGGAAAUCACCGUUUCGAGGGGGCACAGCAUUUCUUCAGGGUUUCCGGUGGCCCAGAGUGUAGCACGUAAAGCACUUACAAUGGCACCACGAAAGGGGAAGGUUCAGCAAGAGCAGGUGCAGGUUCACCUGGGACCUCAAGUGAGGGAAGGUGAAAUUGUUUUCGGUGUGGCGCACAUCUACGCCAGUUUCAACGACACAUUCGUCCAUGUUACGGAUCUGUCUGGACGGGAAACCAUUGCCCGUGUUACUGGUGGCAUGAAGGUCAAGGCUGAUCGUGACGAAGCUUCACCCUAUGCUGCUAUGUUGGCUGCCCAGGAUGUUGCCGAGAAGUGCAAGGCUCUUGGCAUCACUGCUCUCCACAUCAAGCUGCGUGCAACUGGUGGCAACAAGACCAAGACUCCUGGACCCGGUGCCCAGUCUGCUCUGCGUGCUUUGGCCCGUUCUUCCAUGAAGAUUGGCCGUAUCGAGGAUGUUACUCCCAUCCCAUCAGACUCUACCAGGAGGAAGGGUGGUCGACGUGGUCGCAGAUUGUAGGGGGGCAAUAUUUUGUCAAUAAAUUUAAGUUUUCCCAUGCCAGGGAGACAA